CAAUAUGAAAAGCUUCACGCCGAAAAGGAGGACCAUCAGUAGUCUGGAUGCACUGCUCAAAGCAACGGCGACUGGAAAUGAGCAGGUGAACAGCAUCGAUAAGGCGUUGAACACGCCGACCGACAGAAUUAUGAAGGCGAAUAUCGAAUUCGAAAAGGUCGUCACAAUCAAAGCAACGGAUUCCAGCGAAGUUGAAAAAUACACCGUGCUCAAGGGAUCUGUCGAGGAUGAGCUGGUGGCUGCUCGUAACCUGAAACGCCUCGGAAUUUCGCCCCUGGACCGCCGAUGCCACGUGGAACCGAUCCCGCCGGCGUAUCUCAAGUGCAAGAAGAUUUACAAAAAAUCUCAAUGAAUUUUCUUUUGUUAUUUUUAUAUCAUUUUUCGGAUUAUUGUUGUUUGUUAUUUUUUGUGAUAUAAAUUUUGAAAGGUU